AUGGCUGCCCGCGCGACGCCCUCCCUCUCCGUCCGGGGGGGGAUCCCCACUAGACCAUCUACAUCGCACCGACGCGGACGUGGGGCGUCGCGGAUCCCUCUGCGUGCGUCCACGUCACCCGCGACGUUCGCCGACGUCGAUCGCGCGGCGGACGCAUCAUCGCGACAAAAACUCCAUCGAGAGCUCUCCGCGCCGCCCGCGUGGGCGGCCGAAAGCGACAACCCCCCUCUCCGGGGCAACUUCGCGCCCGUCGUGGGCGAAUGCACGCUCGACGACCUCGUCGUCGACGGCGUCCUGCCCCCGGGGCUGGACGGCGUGUACCUUCGCAACGGCCCGAACCCGGCGCACGAACCUUUGCUCGGCGCGAGGCGGUACCACUGGUUCGACGGCGACGGCAUGGUCCACUGGAUACGCCUGAACUCGAGCGGCGACGGAACUUCGAAGAACGGGUCCGCGUCGUACGGGCGACGGUACGUUCGCACCAGGGGGUUCGCGCAGGAGGAAAAGUGCGGGAAAGCGCUGUACACGGGCCUCCGCGACAUCAAUCCGAUUUGGAGCGUCCUCGUCCCGAGGCUUUUCGCGAAGCUUGCGAAAUGGCGCGACCCGGACUCGCCGUUCUGGGUGAUCCAAUCCAAAAACACCGCCAACAACGGCGUCAAGUACCACGCCGGCCGUCUGCUCGCCACGUACGAGUCCGGCAGCGCGUACGAGCUCGAGCUCGGCCCGAGUUUGAAGACGCUCGGGUUGUGCGACUUUUGUAACACAUUCAACACCAAAGAUUACUGGCUCGAUAACAUGACCGCGCACGGCAAGACGGACCCAAACACGGGCGAGAUGGUGUACAUCGGGUACAACCUCAUCGACGUGAACGGCGACGGCGUGACGGACGUCACGGUUGGGGUGAUCGAUGCGAACGGCGCUCGAAGCCAUCGGACGACGGUGCCCGUGGCGAGGCCGUCCAUGCAGCACGACGUUGGCAUCACCGCGACGCGCACGGUGCUCCUGGACGCGCCUUUGGUGUUCGAUCUUGCCAGGGUGAUGGAAGGCGGGCUGCCGUUCGGGUUCGAGGGGGAUCAGAGCGCGAGGAUCGGCGUGAUGCCGCGGUUCGGCGAAGGAGCCGAAGAAGUGGUCUGGAUCGACACCGGCGAGCCGUGCUUCUGUUACCACGUCGUGAACUGCUUCGACGACCCGGGUUGUUCGAAUAACAACCGCGUCGUCAUCGACGUGUGCAAGGCGGACGCGACGAACGCGCUGGGAAUGGCGAAGGGGUUCGAGGGGGGCGUCAGCGGGUACGGCGACGACGUGAGCUUCUUCAACGCGGACGCCGUCGGAACGUCUGAUUACGGUUUCGCCGGUGAAUAUACGUCGAAUCACCCCAACGCGGUGGGGCACGGGCGGGACGUCGCGACGCUGUGGCGCUGGGUCGUCGACGUCGACUCGAAAACGCUCGUGUCUUCCGAACGGAUGUGCGAAACGCCGAGCGAUUUCCCGUGCGUGUCCCCAAAAAAGGUGGGACUUGAGCACCGUUUUUGUUACACGGUUGCGUAUAAACCGGGAACCGAACCCGUCGACCGCAUGGACGUUCCCUCCUUCGACAGGGUGUUGAAGCACGACCUGCGCACCGGCGAGGUGCACGAGUUCGCGCUGGGCGAGGGGCGCGCGUGCGGGGACAUCGUGUUCGUUCCAAACGACAAGGAAAAAAGCAAAUCAGAAGGCGACGACGACGACGAGGACGACGGGCACCUGCUCGUGUUGACGCACGUGCUCGCGGAGGACAGGGCGGAGCUCUUAGUGCUGGGCAGGGACGAGCGCACGGGGGGGCUCGCGCGGGUCGCGACGGUGCGCGUGCCCGUGCGCGUGCCCUUCGGGUUUCACAACGAGUUCGUGCCCGGCUCGGAGCUCCGGGGCGUCUGGUAA